CUGUAACGUCAAAAUUGAAUGGUUCUUAGAAAAAAAAAAUGUGGAAAUAAGGAGCCGUUCUUAAUUUGGAAGCAAUAUUCCUCGAUUUCGGGCUCUCCAAGCUUCGAUCAGCCAUGACCACUGAUCGCCUGAUCCUGCUGCAGUUCAGCAUGCACUGUUUCAAGAUCAUCUUCAUCUACUGCAUCUGUGUGAAUGUCCUGGAGCAUCUCGUCCAGCGGGUCCAGGAAAACUGAGUGGGAAAAUGUUUGGGGCCAGGAAACGAGAGCAAUAAAAAUUA